UUCCAUACCCACUUUCUAAUAAACAAAUUCACACUUUAGAAAAAAAUAAUGUUAUUUUUACCAAUUGAGCUGACAUAAUGAAAUGGAAAUGAUAGGGAAAACCCAUGCUUGCUGUUAAGGUACAUUCUAAUGGAGUUAGUCCCCUCAGAUUACAAAACCAGCAAAGCAUUUUGUAACUAUAAAACUAUGGCAGUCAGAUAGGUUAGCUCAGAAAAAUAAGACACCUAAAAAGAAGAAAGUUUCAAAGCACAAAAUUACAAACAUGAGUACAUCACAAACGAUCAGCGAAGAUCUUCAUAAAGGCAAGCAACUUGCCGAUGGAAAGAACCCCAACGGACACUUCUGCAGCAACAAACUGAAAAUUUUCCUCGGUUCUGUUGUUGUGAUAGCCGUUGUUGCUCUGUUUGCAGCAGUGUGUGCAGUUGCAGCUGUUCUUUCAGUUUCAAGAAGUAGUAGCACACCAGUUGCUGGAGAUACAGUCGCAAACCUGGAGAAAAAAGCAGCAAUGUUUAACGAGCUGGUCCGCAGUCGCAGAUCUGAGCGAGGACGUGCCUCCAUGCAGGGGAGGAGGAUGAAUAGCAACAACAGAGAGAACUCUUGCUACUCUCUAAUGACCAAUGAUUCUCAUCCAGCUGCCCACAUCACUGGACAGGGUGCAAAGUGGAAUGUAAGGAACAUUCCCUCUCCAAGCAAUCCAGAUCCAUCUGUCUCAGCCGAUGCAUGGGGCUACCAGUCACACUGGAUGUGCACAGAAGGAAGGGGAGCUUUUGUGGAUGGUGGAAUGUACUUUAAUCAGACCGAUAAAAAGCUUUACGUGCCGAAGUGUGGAUACUACUAUGUAUCCAGCCAGAUGUUUUUUGACUACAUACAAACUGCCCAGCAUCAGUUUGUACUGCACCAACUCACAGUAGAGAGAAACUGCGGCGAGGAGGAAGACACACUGCAGCUAGAGUCUAUAUCCUCUCUUGGUGAAACGAAUAAGAUGUCGAAAACUUCAACUUUCUUAGGAGAUAUUGUGCAAAUUUGUGCAGGAGGAAAGAUCUCGAUGAAUGUUCCAGUCAAAGAAGACAGAUCUCCAUGUUGCCCAGGUGGUAUGGACACCAUAACUUACUUCUCAGCAUAUCUAAUGAAAGAAAUGAAAUGUGAAUGGAGCAAAGCUCGAAUGCUCUCCAAUCCUCCGACACAGCAAGACUAUGAUCGUUAUUACAAUACUAAUCAAUGAACAUAGUAGUUUUCAAACCCCCUCUUCUAUAUAUUCAUAAUCAUUUUUUUAACUAUUCAUGUAAUUAUUGAUGUAAGUAUGUAUGCAAUAAUUUAAUUUAUGUAUAAUUAUUCUAAUGUACAAGUACCAUCACAUGCUAAUUUCACAUAACGUUGUAUCUGAACAA